CAAAAGGAGAAUAACAAAUUUCGCAUUGUAAUCCGCUAUUUCAUGUACGUGAAGGAGAUUGUAAAUUUUAUAUAAAAUAAAUUUGUUAUAUUUAGGUAACAAGUGUAGUAAUGGGUCAAAAUCAAUCUGGUGGUGGAAGUGGUGGAGACAAGAAAGAUGACAAAGACAAGAAGAAGAAAUACGAGCCUCCAAUUCCUACCAGAGUUGGCAAAAAGAAGCGUAAGGCUAAGGGGCCUGAUGCCGCUCUAAAAUUGCCACAAGUAACGCCACAUACGCGCUGUAGGUUGAAAUUGUUGAAGCUAGAAAGAAUCAAAGAUUACCUACUUAUGGAAGAAGAAUUUAUUCGUAACCAGGAGAGACUCAAACCACAAGAAGAGAAAAUCGAAGAAGAAAGAUCAAAGGUGGAUGAUUUGAGGGGAACACCAAUGUCAGUGGGUACUCUUGAAGAGAUCAUUGAUGAUAACCAUGCUAUAGUGUCUACAUCGGUGGGCAGUGAACACUAUGUCAGUAUUUUAUCAUUUGUUGACAAGGAUCAACUGGAACCAGGCUGUUCUGUGUUAUUGAAUCAUAAGGUACAUGCAGUUGUUGGAGUAUUAGGUGAUGAUACUGACCCAAUGGUUUCUGUCAUGAAGUUAGAGAAAGCUCCACAAGAGACCUAUGCUGAUAUAGGCGGUCUGGAUACACAAAUACAGGAAAUUAAGGAAUCUGUGGAACUACCUCUUACUCACCCAGAGUACUAUGAAGAGAUGGGUAUCAAACCUCCUAAAGGUGUUAUCCUGUAUGGGCCACCUGGUACUGGCAAGACCUUGCUGGCCAAGGCUGUAGCUAAUCAGACUUCAGCCACAUUCCUUCGAGUUGUUGGAUCUGAACUUAUUCAGAAAUAUUUGGGUGAUGGACCAAAACUCGUGCGUGAGUUGUUCCGGGUAGCAGAAGAGCAUGCCCCAUCAAUUGUUUUCAUAGAUGAAAUUGAUGCUGUGGGUACUAAGCGUUAUGACUCCAAUUCUGGUGGUGAAAGAGAAAUUCAAAGAACUAUGUUGGAGUUACUAAACCAGCUGGACGGCUUUGAUUCUCGAGGUGAUGUAAAAGUAAUCAUGGCUACAAAUAGGAUUGAAACAUUGGACCCUGCUCUCAUUCGUCCCGGUCGUAUUGACAGAAAAAUAGAGUUUCCUCUGCCAGACGAAAAAACAAAGAGAAGAAUUUUCACUAUUCAUACUUCAAGAAUGACUCUGGCUGAUGAUGUUAAUUUGUCAGAACUAAUUAUGUCAAAGGAUGAUCUUUCUGGUGCUGACAUAAAGGCUAUUUGCACAGAAGCCGGACUCAUGGCCCUGAGGGAACGAAGAAUGAAAGUCACUAAUGAAGAUUUUAAGAAAUCUAAAGAGAGUGUCCUCUAUAGAAAGAAAGAAGGAACUCCUGAAGGACUUUAUCUUUAAAUAUUAUGCAAUUUCAUUAAAAUCUUUCGAAGACUUUAUAUAUACUUAAUUAAAAAUAUUAAACUAACUAGAGAAGAAAAAUUCUAGAUAAUAUGAUUUGAAUGUAUUGCUUGAAAUAAAUCCAUUUGAAAAUACA